AUGGCUCUCAAAACAUGUCUUGAGGCCCCAGUUGAGUCUGGGCUCUGUUCAGGGAUUGAAUGCCAGGCUGACCACCCAACACUAGUUCUGAUGCUCUUUGCCAGUGUGCUGGUGACUUGCCUUGAGGCUGCUAAACUCACUGUAGGCUUCCAGGAACCCUGGAACAUCUCCCAUCCAUUCAGCAUGCAAAGGUUGGGUGCAGGCCUCCAGAUUGCCUUGGACAAGGUCAACUCAGAGCUAGUGGACCUUGGAAAUUUCAGCUGGGAGUUCACUUACACCAACUCAGCCUGCAGCACCAAGGAGUCUCUUGCUAUUUUCAACAACCAGGUCCAGAGAGAACAGAUUUCUGCGUUUGGACCAGCAUGCCCAGAAGCAACUGAGGUUAUCGGUUUGCUGGCCUCUGAGUGGAAUAUCUCCAUGUUUGACUUUGUUGGACAAACCGAAAAGCUGUGUGACACCUGUGUGAAACUUGUGCCACCCAAGUAAGACAUUGGUGACGUGCUCCAGAAAAGUCUCCAGUACCUGGGCUGGAAACACAUUGGGAUGUUUGGAGGCUACUCUGGGGCUUCCUCCUGGGAUGGAGUGGAUGAAUUGUGGAGGGUUGUAGAGAAUGAACUCAAUUCCCAUUUUAUCAUCACUGCCAGCAUGAAAUACACCAAAAAUAGUUUAGUCUUUCUUCAAGAGCAUCUUUGGAGGAUAUCAUCAAUUGCAGGGGUAAUUAUCAUCUUAAUCUGCAGCUCACAGGAUGCAAAUAUUAUUCUGCUGGAUGCAGAGAACCUGGGACUCAACACUGGAAAAUUCAUUUUCAUCAUUUUGCAGCAGUUGGAGGACCAUUUUUGGAAGGAAGUACUGACAAAUCAGAAAAUGAUGCACCUUCCAAAGAUGUAUGGGUCAGUGCUUCUCUCAUUGCCCUCAGCUUACAGAGAAGGCCGUGGAGACGCAGGCUUUUGGAAACAAGUCUACCAAACACUGAGGAGGCCGCCUUUCCGCAGCACCAUCUCCUCGGAGGAGCAGGUGAGCCUUUACUCUGCCUACCUUCACGAUGCCGUCCUGCUCUAUGCUGAGACCGUGAAGCAGAUGGUAAAGGCUGGAGGCGACUUCCAGGACGAGCGGCAGCUGGUCAGCGCUCUGAAGGCACCAGUCAGACCACCGUGCAGGGUAGGUGGCUUACUGCUGGGCGGAAUCACCAGCCCUGUGUUUGUGGAUGCCCAGGGAGAAAGGCACAUCGAUUACUCUGUCUAUGCCCUACAGAAGUCUGAAGAUGGGCCCCUUUUUCUUCCUUUUCUUCAUUAUGACAGCUAUCAGAAAGUAAUCAGGUACUGGCAGGACAUUUCUGCAAGUACUACAAGGAAUUUCUCCAAUAUGGCCUGGACCCCUGGCUCCCUUCCUGAAGACAGAUCUGGCUGUGGAUUUUAUAAUGAGCUCUGUGAAACUGAGCCUGCUUUGAUGGGCAAGGCCUGGGUAAUAUGCCUCUACCCUCCGGGCGUGACUGCUGUGGUUCUCACAAUGAUGAUCCUGAUUCCUGUCUUGGGGGCUGCCAUCAUAGGUCUGAUUUUAAGGAUGCAGAGGGGAAAACUGCAGAGGCAAAACAAAGACAUCUGGUGGCAAAUCAAUUUUGACGAUAUCAUCAUUCUUCCCCAGAACAAGCCACCCCAGAGAGGCACACCUGUGUCAAGAGGCAUCAACAGUAACUCAUCUAGUGUGAUGAUUUCUGUGGACCUCAGCUCUUUUGUCAAGAGCCAGCAGGGGGAAGAACUCUUCUAUGCCCCAAUAGGGCUUUAUCAGGGAAACCACAUGGCCAUCUGCUAUGGUGGUCACCAAGCAGAAGCCUGGGUUAGGAAGCUGACUGUGUUACAGGAAAUACAGCUGAUGGGUGAAUUAAGGCAUGAGAACAUUGUUCCCUUCUUUGGUAUUUGUGCCAAACCACCUAACAUUUGCAUUGUCACUCAGUAUUGCAAAAAAGGAAGUCCUAAGGAUGUUUUGAGAAACUCGCAUCAUGAAAUAGAUUGGAUAUUCAAACUCUCAUUUGCAUAUGACAUAGUCAAUGGCAUGCUCUUCCUCCAUAGGAGCUUCCUGGGCUCCCACGACAACCUGAAACCUUCCAACUGCCUGGUGGAUGAUCGGUUGCAGGUGAAGCUGUCAGGAUUCGGGCUGUGGGAACUCAAGUGUGGCCGGACAUACAGAACAUAUGAUGAGACAGUGACAUCCCAUUGCUUGGCAGAGCUCUACUGGACUGCUCUGGAGCUGCUGCGGCUCCCGGAGGUGCCCUGGUCAGGUACCCCACAAGAAGAUGUUUAUAGCUUCACCAUUCUGAUGAGGGAGCUGAUCCACCACUGGGACCAUGGGCCCUCUGAUGACCUCCAUGAGGCACCGGAUGAAAUCAUCAACCAAAUCGAAGACCCUGCAGCAGCAGUCCCACUGCGACCUUCCCUGCCCAAGGAGAAGGGCAAUGAAAAGAUCAUGGCCAUGGUGAGCGUAUGUUGGGAGGAAUCUCCGGAGAAAAGACCCAGUUUCUCUUCCAUCAAGAAAACUUUAUGAGAGGCCAUUCCCAGAGGCCAUGUAAGCAUACUGGCCAGUAUGAUGAGUAAGUUGGAAGUGUAUGCCAAUCACCUGGAGGAAGUGGUGCAAGAGAGGACCAGCCGGCUGACGGCAGAGAAGAGGAAGGUGGAGAAGCUUCUAUCUACUAUGGUGCCCAGUUUCACUGGAGAACAACUCCUAGCUGGAAGGUCCGUGGAACCAGAACAUUUCGAGUCUGUACCAAUUUUUUUCUCUGACAUUGUUGGAUUCACAAAGCUAUGUUCUCUCAGCUCCCCCUUGCAAGUCAUCAAGCUCCUCAAUGACCUGUACAGUUUAUUCGAUCACAUCAUCACAAAUUACGGUGAGUAUAAGGUUGAGACCACUGGAGACGCAUACGUGGUGGCUAGCAGACUCCCUAUCCGCAAUGGAAGCCAGCAUGUGGCUGAGAUUGCCACCAUGUCCCUGCACUUCUCAGUGGCACCAUUCAUUUGCUUCCAGACUGGGCACUUGCUCCAGGAGGAGCUCCAGCUUCGGAUUGGCUUCCACACAGGUCCUGUGGUGGCUGGUGUGGUGGGAAUUACCAUGCCCAGAUACUGUCUAUUUGGAGACACUGUGAACAUGGCAUCCAGAAUGGAUAGCAGCAGUUCGUGUGGUAUCACCGAUGACGCUUUGCACUUGUAUGCUGUUUGUCAGUUGGGACAUGGCAAAGGAGAGCAAACAAUUUUCUGGUUGAAAGGUAAAGAAGGCUUCACUCUUCCACUCCCCAGAUUUACUCAGGAAAAAGCCAAAGUCCCAGAGAUAUUGUGA